UCCCUUAAAUAUUUCUCCGUCAUGUGACCACAUCUUAUGACUUCCUGUUUUGCAUGUACAGACAGCUGUCUUGCUGUCACUUUCAAAGUUACUCAAUCAUGAAGCAUACAACCCAACAAAAGAUUUCAAAUUCCCUUUUUUGUUCACUUCGCCUGCAGGACUUGUUCAGGAUGGACACACUCUUGAGUUUAUGCUUACAGAUUAUUGUAAUGCUUUUGUGUUGCACAGUGUGUAGUUCUAAAAUUUCCUGUAAAAAUGAAGCUGGUGAGCCUGUGGAUUGGUUUGUCAUCUACAAACUGCCCAGGUACAAGAUCGGCGAGGUCGGCAGUGGGGUGGACUACAUGUACCUGGACUCCUCGGUGGGGAGCUGGCAGAUGAGUAAAUUCAUGGUUAACACCAGCCAAGGAGCCAUGGGGAACACACUCAACCAGCUUUACAUGGGACAGGCCUACAAGUCUAACAGCUCAGUCUACGCACUUUACAAUGAUGGCCCGCCGAUCCUGGAGUACAUCAAAGGAUACGGACACACCAAAGGGGUACUGCUCUUUGACCACUCUCAAGGUUUCUGGAUUUCACACAGCAUUCCCCAUUUCCCCUCAUUCCCUGAGAGAGGCUACCUUUACCCCUCCUCUGGCAAAGUCAAUGGCCAGACUGCUCUCUGCAUGACCUACCAGUAUGAUCAGUUCCUCCAAGUAGCAAAGCAGAUGGCGUACCUUUACCCACGUGUCUAUAACUGCUCUGUACCGGCUGCGUUCUUGGCCGACCUGCCGCAGUUGGCCCAGUUAUGUGAGGGCUCCAAACCACCUCUGGCCUCAGAUAAGAGAGUGGAGCAGCUUUUCUCGGUCGAAGGGGAAAAGUUUGCCAGUUUUGUCAAAUCUGAACGCUUUGUGGAUGACAUCUACACCGGCUGGGUGGCUCAGGCUCUGGGUGCCAACCUGCUGGUGGAGUCCUGGCAGAGACAAGGUCACGAAUUGCCCUCCAACUGCUCCCUGCCCAAACACACCAUGAACAUCAAGAGGAUCCGGCUUCCUGGAUCAACCCUGUUCCAGUCCCACUACGACCACUCAAAGUGGUGCGUGUCGCAAGCUUAUGAGGACCAGGUGACCUGCCUGGGGGACCUGAACAGGGAGGAGGCCCAAAUGUGGCGUGGUGGAGGGCUGGUCUGCACCUUCAACCCCUUGAUAUACAAGGCCUUCAGACAAGUGGUGGACUGGUACAUUGACUGUUGAGUGAGACACAGAGAGAUGCAAUGAAUGGGAUUGGAUUAGUCUCACACGGCAUGCUUUAAAUCUGUUUCAAACUUAUGGGACUAAAUGUGGAGAUAAGCAGCUGGCAUGCAACCAUAACACCAUGCAAGUGUCAAGUUAGCCUUCAGUUUUAUGGAUAACAGCAGGUCAAGCUUUUGAUAGUUUACUGACUUGAAGAAUAUUUGUAUUUAUUUUCUUUUAUAUGAUUAUAUAGCUGUGUGGUGUGUGACCAGAAAUUAAUAAAUAUGCAAGACACAAGUGUUUUAGUGUCGUCACUGACUCACAUUUAUGUAAAAUAAAAUCAUAUGUUUGCAUCACA